CGCUUAACAGCCACCUGCUUCAUCCUGCUUGUGCCCUAGGUCAGUGGCUAAGGUUUGCCACAAGGAAAAAACAAAAACAAGAAACCAAGAGCUUUUCAUGUUUCCGUUGAGGCACAAUAUUCUGAUUUUGUACCUUGAUGUGCACAAAAAAGCAAAGUCUGCCUGAAAAUAUUUUGGCCACCAAAUGGUAGCAAGGACACCCCCUGAAGAGCCCCCUAGGUCUGCAACCCUCCAAAUCCUCUGGCCACUCUGACCCGCUUUCUCUAGCACCGAUGCCCCUCCCUCUCUUUACUCUCUUGGUUCCUUAAUCACACUCCCUCUCUGUGUGCCCUGUUCCCCAUACUCCCGUCCUCGGUGUUCCAGCUUCCGCAGCUCUCCUUACCCCCAGUGCACUUGGACCCUACAGUCUCUGACAGUCAUCUCCUUUGGUCUCUCCAAGGCUUGUGCUCAAUGAAUCUCCACAUCUCUUUGCCUCUUGCCCAUCCAGCCAUAUCCAGGACUCACUUCAACCUGUGCCCAGACCCCUGACUAAUGGGAAAGAGAACACCUCCCUUCAGUUGGGAACCUCUCCUCACAGGCCGCCAGGGCCAGGGGUUUGGAGGAGCUACGCAGCUGUGGGCAGCUGGCCUCCCCCGAGGUCCUAGCACUGAGGACAGAGGGCACAGUCAGAGAAACCCAGACUCUCAGAACUGGAAGGCCUCCCACCAGGGAAGCUUGACUCAAAGAUGCCUCAGUUGCUGCGAAACAUCGCUGGGAUCAUUGAAGCCUUUGGGCGCUACGCCAGGACCGAGGGCGCCUGCCAGGUGCUCACCCGGGGGGAGCUGAAGCGGCUCGUGGAGCGGGAGUUUGCCGACGUCAUCGUGAAGCCCCAUGAUCCGGCCACUGUGGAUGAAGUCCUGCGCCUGCUGGAUGAAGACGACACAGGGACUGUGGACUUCAAGGAAUUCUUGGUCUUGGUGUUCAAAGUCGCCCAGGCCUGUUUCAAGACCCUGAGUGAGAGUCCUGAGGGAGCUUGUGGAUCUCAAGAGUCUGGAAGCCGCCCCUCUGCGGCCUCACAAGAGCCAGGGGAAGGACAGAGAGGUAGCACUGCGGUGGGGACGGCUGGGAAAGGACAGGACCAGGCGGGGAGCCACGGUGCACAGAGUGAGCAGGCUUCCACGGGGCAGAGUGGGCCUGGGCCUCAGACCCAGGGUCAGGACAUCAGCUCUGCUCAGGUCAGUCACCAGGACAGGCAGUCUGAGUCUCAGAGACGGGAGGGAGCCAGCCAGCUGACACAAGCAAGGGACCACGUGGAGCAGACCCAGAGAGUGCGAGAAGACAAGAGUCCUCAAGCCAGAGAAAGCAGGGCGGAGAGGCAGUUGCAGACCAGGGAACAGGACAGAGCCCACCUGACAAGUGAGACCAUCACUGGAACUUUAACUCAGACCCAGACAGGUGCCACCCAGACUGUGGAGCAGGACAGGAGCCAUCAGUUGUCAUGGGAGUCCACUGGUGGCCAAACCAGAGGGACUGAGACCCAUGGUCAAGACAGGACCCAGACCAGCCAAGUGGUGACAGGAGGACAUGUUCAGACACAGGGAGGUGCCACCCAGACUGUGCAGCAGGACAGGAGCCAGACUGCAAGCCACACAGGGGCUGGAGAGCAGGGACAGACCCAGCGGCAGUCAGGCAGUGGUCCAAGACACACACAAGUGAGCAGUUACGAGGCAGGAGAGACAGAGCUGGGAGGACAGGCCCAGAUCGAGCCGAGCACUGUGACCAGCAGACAGGACUGGAGCAGCGCGUGCCCAACGCACAGUGUGGCGAGGGAGCCGGGAGAGAGGGAGCCCACCGCGGUGAGACAGGAGUGGGUUGAUGACCACGCGAGGGAGACGGUGAUCCGAAGGCAGGACCAGGGCAGCCUGCACACCAGUGCGCCUGCGGCGCAAGGCCAGGAGGCCGCCCAGCAGGGAGGGAAGCGAGGCCUCACGGCCAAGGGGCUCUACUCCUACUUCAAAAGCAGCAAGCCAUGAGCAUCCCAGCCCUGCUCCAGUGCCCAGUCCUGGGAGAGUGGAGAGCGGUUGGCUUGUCACACCCUGGCCAGUCCAGUUAGUGUGUCCCUGGACUUUAGCUCUUAACUAUGGUGCUCCUCUCUUAGGUCUUUCUCAGUGAGACCAUUUUUGCAAGGGGCCUAAACUCCCGGACUCCCUUACCUGCUUUGCUGUGCAGACCCUCUCAGGAGCAAGAAGACAUGGAACAAGUCAUCUCUUUGUGCCAAUUUUUCCUCAGCUUGUGAGGGUUUUCAGAGCUUUCAGGUUUAUCUCUGCCAUCUGGCCAUUGCCCCGUCUAUCCUAACGCAUCAAUAAAACCUCCCUGAGCAACUGG